AAAAAAUUUGCUGUCAGCACUUUGAUUCUGUAUGCAAACAAUGCACAGCUAUUUCGGACAACUUAUUUCGGAUCAAUAAUGUUUUUUAGAACAACAUUGUUCCUGCAGACAGUAAUAUUCUGGUGUUUAGGGCAAAGUGUGGCCAGCAGACCGAAUGUCCUGUUUAUUGUUGUGGAUGACCUCAGACCAAUGCUGGGCAGUUAUGGUGAAAGCAACAUGAUUACCCCAAAUAUUGACAACCUUGCGCAGCACUCGAUCCAGUUUCAAAAUGCCUUUGUUCAGCAAGCACUUUGUGGUCCCAGCAGAGUGUCGUUCCUGACAAGCCGUCGCCCAGACACAACUCGACUGUAUGACUUCUACUCCUAUUGGCGUGACUCAGCUGGCAACUUCACCACCUUACCCCAGCUCUUUAAAAACAAUGGCUACCAUACAGUGUCAGUUGGAAAGGUAUUUCACCCAGGAAAGAGCAGUAAUUUCACUGACGAUUUCCCAUACAGCUGGUCAGUACCCGCCUACCAUCCAUCAACACUGAAAUAUAAAGAUGCAAAGGUCUGCCCUGGACAAGAUGGUUGUCUUCACAGGAACCUUGUUUGCCCGGUUACCAUUAGCGACAUGCCAAGGGGCACCUUGCCAGACUUGCAGAGUACUGAGUUUGCCAUCAAAGCUCUGAGAGAUUUUUCAUCAAAGCCUCGGACGCUGUUCUUUCUGGCUGUGGGCUUUUACAAGCCACAUAUUCCAUUGAAAUAUCCCAAGGAAUAUUUGGAGCUUUAUCCAUUAGACAAGGUUCCAAAGGUGCCCAACCCAUCACGCCCGACAUACCUUCCACCUGUGGCUUGGAACCCGUGGACCGAUAUUCGGAAGCGUGACGACUUGCAGUCACUGAACGUCAGUUUUCCAUACGGACCAAUCCCAGAGAAUUUCAGUCAGCUCAUUCGUCAGAGCUACUUCGCAGCAACUUCCUACAUCGAUGCACAAGUCGGUCGGUUGUUGGAUGCUUUAGAAACGGAAGGGUUUGCAAAUAACACCAUCAUCCUCCUUGUUGGGGAUCAUGGCUGGUCGCUGGGGGAGCAUCAGGAAUGGUGCAAAUACAGCAACUUUGAGGUGUCCACUCGGGUACCGAUGAUCCUGUUUGUCCCUGGACUCACCACAGAAGUUCACAACCAUCAUAGGAAAUUCCCGUUUGUUAAUGUUCUUAGUAAGAAGCCACUUGUGUAUCACAGAGACCCUGAGAAUCUCAAGGGUUUGAAAACUGUAAAUUUUUCUCUAAAUGAAGACAGAAGUUUUGAUGAAACUUACGAAAGCAGUGAGCAAACAGAUGUGCUUAAGUUUGUUCAAAAUGAUUCUUUGCUUAGAUUAAAAUAUUGGAGAGGUAAGAAUAACAUAAUUGAAGAACGAAAAGCAAAACAAGUAUCAGAAUUAGUAGAAUUGGUUGACAUAUUCCCAACAUUGGCAGAAUUGGCUGGGUUACCCAAGUUACAGACGUGUCCAAAGAAUUCCAGCUACAUUAUGCUCUGUACUGAAGGCUCAAGCAUGGUGCCUUUAAUUCAAGGAGCCUCAAAUUGGUUGAUAAAGAAUGAUUUCUCAAUCAUAAAACAUGUAAAAUCACAUUACCAUGACAAUAAUAAACUCCAGGUUAAAGGUUGGAAAGAGGCAGUGUUUACCCAGUAUCCUAGGCCGUCUGAUAUCCCUGUGAAAGACAGUGAUCAGCCUAGGUUACACAGGAUUAAAAUCAUGGGCUACUCUAUUAGGACAAGACAAUAUCGGUACACAGAGUGGGUUGCGUUCAACCAAAGCUCAUUCACUAUGGAUUGGUCAGAUAUACAUGCUCGAGAACUGUACGUCCUUGAUACAGAUCAAUUGGAGGAUAACAACGUGGCUGGGCUACAGACAUAUAUUGAUAUUGUGACCAGUUUGUCUCUUCAGUUACACCAGGGUUGGAGGCAACAGGUUUAAUAUUCUAUUUUGAGUUUGAUAUUAACAAAAACAAAAAACAUUGUGUAUCCAUAGUCAUAAGCUAAAUAUACAAGUAUGAACCAUUUGUUUUUAUAACCCAACAAACAAAGUUUAGGGGUGUAUAUAGGAGUGAACUUGUUUGACGGUCUGUCUGUAUCAAGAGUACGCUCUCUAAUUCAAGUUGUUUUCAUCAGAUCUGCACCAAACUUGGUCAGAUGUUGUAUCUAGCUGAUGUCUAGGUCAAUUUUGAAUAAGGGUCAUGCCGGGUCAAAAACUAGGUCACGGGGUCACUUAGUGCGCUUUAAACAUUGAGCAUGGUGUCCGCUCUCUAAUUCAGGCCAAAAACUAGGUCACAGGGUCACUUAGUGCGUUUUAAGCAUGGUGUCUGCUCCUAAUUCAAGUAGUUUUCAUCCGAUCUUAACCAAACAUGGUCAGAAGUUGUAUCUAGAUGAUGUCUUGGUCAAGUUUGAAUAUUUGUAGUAAAUACACAUUGUUUUCAUCACACAAUACUUCAUGCUGAAAGUAUUUCAAGACAUUUUACACUAGAAUUAUAAGUCUUAAUGUUGCUUAAUUAUACCUUAAAUUUAGUUCAAAGUCAGUUGCUGAACCCCACUUGUUUUCAAAAAAUAACUUCCUGUGCUUCAACCAAUCAAAGGUCACUUAUUUUCACAAUUAUGGUGCCUGAACCAAUCAAGAGUCUAUCAAUAGCCCUUUGUUAGGCCUAGUUGGAGCACUGAUAGGGAUUAAAGUUUAUGAUGCACAUUUGAUUUAAUUGAGGGAGGGCUAAUCUCUUAUCUGAUACCAUACUGUGUCAGCCAUACUUAAUCUGAGAAAUAUCCACAGAUAAGGCACAUUUCAACACCAAAAUAUUAAUUGAAUAAUACCCAGCAUCCUUAGCAUAUUAUAUUUAAUUGUGAAAUUUUCAAUAUUACAUACUGAAUGGUGUAAGCAAAUAAUAAUAAUAUUAUAAAUAUUAUUUUAAUUGCCUUUUAAAAUGAAUGUUAAUAGUUAAUGUGGUAGACAUUAAUUUAUUGGGGUUAAAAAUCAGUAUAAGAAAGUUCGAAUAUUUUAUGUUGAGGAGAUAUAAUUGAUGCUGGCAAGCCCACAUAAUAUUUUUGACACUCUUAAUAUUUUUAAUUAGUUACCCACAGCCUGAUUUAGUUGUACUUGUCCUUUUAAACGCUGUUCUACUGAUUCACAUAUUUUAUUAGCAGACAAAUUGCAACUAUAAGACCAUUACCAUUAUGUGAAUGAUAAAAAAGAAUUCAGUACAAUCCUUCAAAUAAACAGUAGAUCCCUUU